ACCAGUAUCAAAGGUAUACCUUCAGACUACAUCAGGGGUGGAACCAAGAUGAGGCUUACAACGAGAAACCUGGUGAUCGCUGUUUCCUAUGCCUUUCUACAAGGUGUUUCCGUAGGCAAGGCGGAGAACAUUAUGCUGGCAAAGCCCAGUAAACUCAACAGGGUUGUGUGGAAUGCUGAAUUCGCCAAUGAUGGUAACAACAAUCCCGGAUCCCAACCAGCUAGAGCCUGGUAUACUGUGAAUCCCUACUGGCAGGGGGAUCUACAGGGAUACUUCACUGUCCACAACAUCUCAGUUACGAGUGACGUCACCCAUAAUUAUGGAAAAGAACUUGGGAGUGCAUACGUGGAGGUGCACGCCAGUGGCAACAGCAGUUGUCCGGACGGCGACAUCUUCAUCUGUGGCCAGUGUCCAGCAGUAGUUGGUAAAGGAGAAACCUUCACGUUCACUUGUUCCCAUCCACGGCCAGUGAGAUUCGUGAAGGUCUGGCGAAACAUGACUGAUCGAUUAGUCAUUUCAGAGGUUGUGGUGCAUGGGACUCCAGCGACAACAAGUGUGACCAAGUAUAGUAGGGCGAUCGCCACGAAAGUAUCAACACCAAUGACGUCACUCGCAGUUACUUCCGCCGCUGAUUGCAGUUCCCAGUGUUACGCAAACAAGUCUUGUCUGAGUUUCAGUUACCACCCAACAGCUGCCCCCAACUGUCUCCUAACAACAAACCCAGAAGAUGCAGCAGAAGCUAUCGGAUGGUCCACGUUCACCAUCGACGUAUGCUCAAGUUACAACAGCUGUGAAUGACCCAUUGUUACUAGAGCCACUAUUAAUGCAGAAUCACAUUCAAAAGUGAUCAGAAAUAUUUUAUAUUGGCCAUUAUACUUUCUCGGUAAAGUACAGAUACUUUUGGGAUUGAUCACUGACCGUGUUAUCUCAAAUACAACAUGUGUUUCAGAACCAUUAUUGGUUCACUAGACCUUCUAUACUGCAGAGAUUAUUUCUCUAUAUAUGCAAAAUCUUUUCGGAGAACAUGGUGGCGUAACUUUGCAAUAGUAUUGUCUCAUUACUGGAUACACUACGUUAAGGGAUUUUAGUAUAAUUACACUCGCUACUAUAACAAACUUUGGUAGUCUUGCAGUAUGUCCUUACAUUGUUUUAUUCCUCGAGACAAGAGAGAUCCAAAAUUAGAGCAAGAAGGAUAUUUUGUGAUAUGUGUUGUACUACGUUAAGACAGUACUUUUGAAAAUACAACAGUUUAUUAGAGCCUUUCAAGGCUAAUCUAACCCAGAAUAUUUUAAAAAGUUCCAAAACAGUUUCACUAUACAUGAGAGGAUUCACAACCUGGGCCUAUUUGUUUAGCUUAACCACUAUAGCCGCAAGGUGAAACUAAUCAUCCCGCAAUAUUUUGCCAUCGUAUACUACCAUUGAGCCAUUUACUUUUAUAUGGCUGUCAUAGGAAUUCCUUUUUAGUGAUUAUCAUUUUGAAUACAGAUGGUAAUUAUACCACAUUUAUUUGCUGUUUGUUGGUAUCACAUCGGAGUGAUUUCUGAUUAGCAUACUGUUUCAACGUGGGAAACAACACAACAGAAACUAGGGGCGAAGUAUUUACCCAACAGUUUUGGAUUAAAAUCUUAUCAUCUGACGUGAGAAACGACCAACAACCAAGACCUUGUAGUGUAGACAAAAUCUUUCAGCCAACCUUCUACGGAAGAAGUCUCUUUCGUCAAAGCUUCCGAACGGAUUGCAUGAACCAAAUAUUGCAAAACGCUACAUCAGAUCAGAUAUGCUGCAAGAAGCAGUCAGGAAAAUAUUGAUUGCUUUUCUCGUCGAGAAAGAAAUUCUGGACGAUGACUUUUGGGCGCUGAUAAAAAAUAAUACUUAUGUUUUGGAUCUAUAUAACUUGGAACGUGAAAUAGAAAAAAAAAGAUGGAAGCUGAGAAAGAAAUAAAAUCAGAAAGAAUUUCAGAUUAGGCUGAUGGAAAUUGAAGCAAAGAUAAAUAAGGAUAUUAAGCUGAGACAAAUUAACUCACAAAAUGACCCCUCUCAGACGUCCCUCCGACGUUCUGCAGAUGGUAGAUCGACUGCUAUGUCAAGGCAGAUUAAACUGGUUCAGCCCUUCUCAGUGAAGAUCGUGACGUGUGAAGAUCCGGAUUAGAAUUGGUUUUUAGCAAUCCACGCUUGUCUUAGGAAUGCUUCCUUUGGCUGCAAAAUCACUGUGUUUGUUUUCGGCAGUGAGGGUUUUCAGGCAUGAAGUCAUAUGGUUAUAAACCAGAAGGUGUUCAGCCUAUCCCAGUCAUCGUUUAAACAUUUCAAAGAAUGGUUCUGAGUUUGUUGACAAAAUGUCAAGUUCUGCACCAGUUGGUUCUAAAGUUAUUUCAGGAUUUUCGUCAGAUUAGAGCUAACUUGUAAAUGAUGCUGUUCACCUAGCAUUUUAGAGUUUAGAACGCUUGCUGUCAGAAAUAGUCAUUCUUUCCCCAACGCUUUUGUGAAUGUCCUGUCACAACCUUUGAAUCUUUCCACAGAUGAGUUAACUUAUGUAGAAAAGUCAGCAAAUCUUGCUGUUGUGAGAGAUUGAAAUCUCCUUUUGUUAGUAGAGGUUUUGUGUCAGUUAAAUGUAACAGUUCAAUGGUUAAACCCAUUGUCUUUUAAGGGACGACUUGGGUUGGUAUUUUCCGAUGUCCGUGGCGUCAUAAACUCAGAGUUUUGUUUAGAGGCUGAAUUUUGGUUAAGAAUAUAUAUUGAAGUUAAUGUAUAUUAACUGUUUAGUGACUACAUACACUUUUUUUAAACUCAGUUAUGCGGCAAUUACACCUCUGACGUCUGAGAUGCAUUUCAAUGAUCUGGUUUGAUCAACAAAAAUAGUGUACAUAGAGUUCAUAUUCAUAACAGAAAUAUCCAAGAUGCACAAUGUGUUUUAGUAGUUAAUAUUGUUCAGGCCGUAAAUACAAAUGCUGUUUAUGGUUGUCUAUAUAUAAGGAUUUUACAACAACUUCUUUCAAAUAAGACGAGUAUAUGGAUGGCAACUUCAUGUUUAUUGUAUAUCACAGCGUUUCUGGGCUACGUCUUGCCCCUUCUUCCACCUGGAAGAAGGGGCAAGACGUAGCCCAGAAACGUUGUGAUAUACAAUAAACAAAAACUUGCAAUCCAUAUACUCGUCUUAUAUAUUCACCAACUUCUAAAUGCCUCUCAACAAUCUCACAACUUCUUUUCAGACCGUUUGGGUUUGUGCUCAAAAUAGGUGUUAUGCAAUUGAUUUCUUCAUUAAAGAAACUCUCAGUUUCA